UUGAACAUGCGCAAAACGAAACGCAAUGUUAUGACAUCAACUUUGACAGCUGCAAUUCCUUAACCAAUUUACAUUUGCUGCUAUUUACUAUUCUUCCGAUUGAGUCACAAUCAAAUUAUACCCCUUAUUACAAAGAGAGAUGUUUUAGAUUCGUCUGGAAAUUACCGUAUCCUAAUUUCCGAGAACGUAAAAUAAUGUUACAAAGCCAUACAUAACCUAUCUUCGUUCACUUGUGAUAAGAAAAUUUGUGAAUAAUAUUGAGAAAUAUUCCAUAGUAAAUAAGAAUUUAAAUAUGAAGAAUGGAUGAUUUAGAGAAGCACGCCUCUUCAUAUCAGCAGGACCAGGAAAUACUGGAUGCCCGAGGCAUCAACAUGACGGUAGAGGAGGUGGCGGGGCUCCCGACCGUGAAGUACUCUGAGAGAGUGCAGUCGCUACAGCUCAACGAAGAGGACUUGUCAUUCCUGAAGGGGCUCCGAAGGCGGAUCAAGAAUCGGUUGGCGUCCCAAAACAGCCGUCGGCGAAGCUUGGAGCACCUGCGGCGGCUGACGCGCGAGCUGCGCAGCGUGCGCGCGCGCCGCGACGCCGCGCUCGCGGAGCGCCGCGCGCUGCUGCGCCGGCGCGACCUGCAGCGCGGCCGCUGUCGCGCGCUGAGGCUGCAUAUAUCGCUGGUCCUACAGGAGCGCUCAGACCCCUCCCAACUUCCAGAGCUAGACGCCCUAGAAUCUCCAACGCCCAAAGAAAUCAAGACCCCCAGCUCCCCAGACCUCAGCGAGAGCUACCGAGACCUAGAAACAGAAACUUUCGAAUGUCGAAUCGAAAAACUAGUCCAAAAGAGCGUCAACCACAUUUUUGAUAAGAAAAAAGUUUCAGCCAAAACCGUCUUCCUAGAUGACAAAAAUUGUUACCAGAACGCCUUUGUUAAGGACAAAAUUUUCGAUGGAAAAAACGGCGCCUUUAUAAAGGACAAAAUUUUCGAUGGAAAAAACGGUGCCUUUAUAAAGGACGAAAUUUUCGAUGAGAGAAAUGGUGCGUUUUUGAAGGACAAAAUUUUUGAUGAAAGAAACGGUGCCUUCAGUGAUUUUGAUGACAGAAAAGACUUUAUAAAGGAUGAAAUUAGAAAUGCCUUUAUAAAUGACAAUGGGAUGAAGGAGUAUGAUAAAGUGCUGAAAGAGGAAAAUGGGGGAGUGUUGGAUCUGUGUGUAAAAGCUAAGAGGAGUCACGGGAGGAAACAGUCGGCGCCGAGGCGGAUCGCGUACGUCGAUGAUUAUAAUGAUGUGGUCCUGGAUUUGAAAAUAAAAAAAGAAAAUCAGUGAUAUUGACAAACACAAUUAAAGUAAGAAUUUAACUGUAACCAAAAAACAUAACAGAUUAUA